CGAAUAACGGUGAAAGCUAUCGUACGAAUCCAGAGGGCAGCACAGGAUGCGAUCGAACGAUCCUGCCCGUAAGCAAUCUACCAACUCAUCUCUGCUCUGACAUGGAUCGCAAUAGCGUGCAAUCACGUGCAAUUGCGUGCAAUAGCGUGACCAUACCCGUAUAUGCCCGUGAGCAAUGUUGUGACUAGUUCUGUAAAUAAUUAUAAACUAUUGUAUAAAUAACGUUGUAUUGUUGAUGUAUUUAUUUACUUUUCCGAAGAUCCUAAUCUCAUCAAACAAAUAAAAAUGAAACUGUAUUGUUUAAGUAAUGAACCAACAAAACCAUGCCUCGUUUUGAGUUUCAAAGGAAUUACGCUAAUGUUAGACUGUGGCUUGAAUUUACAAUCCAUAUUGAAUUUCAUGCCAAUGUCGAUGGUUCCAAGUGCUAGAUUUAAUGCCUUACCUACAUGGGUACCACGAGAUAAUAAUCAAGACUGGCAAAUCGAAGGGGAAUUAAAAGAAUGCUAUGGCAAGGUUUUUGUAGACUCAACACCAGAAUUUUCUCCUCCUUUGGAAAGGAUUGUGGAUUUUUCAGAAAUAGAUGUCAUAUUAAUUUCAAAUUACACCUGUAUGCUUGCGUUACCUUUUAUAACAGAGGGUACUGGUUUUAAAGGUAUAGUUUAUGCCACAGAACCCACGUUACAAAUAGGACGAUUUUUUAUGGAAGAAUUGGUUGAAUUUGUUGAGAGAAUACCACGUGCCACAGCUGCAAAACAAUGGAAAGAAAUGCUGCAUAUUCUUCCUCCUCCAUUAUCAGAUGCAUUGAAACCAAAGUCUUGGAAGUUUCUCUAUUCCAUGACAGCGGUUAAUUCAGCUUUAGCAAACAUCCAAACAGUUGGUUACGAUCAAAAGUUGGAUGUAUAUGGAGCAUUGACAGUUACACCAAUAAGUUCAGGAUAUUGCUUAGGAAGUAGCAAUUGGUUAAUAUCCUGUGAUCACGAGAAGGUUGCUUUUGUUGGUGGUUCUUCAACUCUGACGACGCAUCCAAGACCUAUGGAACAAACUAUGCUUAAACACGCAAAUAUGUUAAUCUUGACAGGAUUGACGCAAACCCCUACAGCUAAUCCUGACACAAUGUUGGGAGAACUGUGUAUGACAGUGGCAAUGACACUUCGUGCUGGAGGAUGCGUUUUGAUCCCCUGCUACCCUUCGGGUGUUGUGUACGAUCUCUUUGAGUGCCUGAGUACACAUCUGGACAAGUCUGGUUUCUCGCAAGUUCCACUCUUUUUCAUUUCUCCUGUAGCAGAGUCCUCACUGGCUUACUCUAAUAUUUUAGCUGAAUGGCUAUCAACAAGUAAGCAGAACAAAGUUUACCUUCCGGAGGAACCAUUUCCCCAUGCAUUCCUUGUAAAGAAUGCUAGAUUAAAGCAUUUCACUUCAGCCUAUGCGGACGGAUUCAGCUCUGAUUACAAACAGCCUUGUGUAGUUUUUUGUGGUCAUCCAAGUCUUCGAUUUGGAGAUGCUGUCCACUUUGUUCAGCUAUGGGGAAAUAGUCCUCAGCACACGAUUAUAUUCACAGAACCAGACUUUCCGUACCUGGAAGCUUUAGCACCAUUCCAGCCACUUGCUAUGAAGGCUGUACACUGUCCGAUUGAUACAUCUUUGAAUUUUACACAAGCUAACAAAUUGAUACGUGACCUUAAACCAGAAAAUUUAGCUAUACCAGAGUGCUACACUCAGCCACCAGUUACGGCUCCUCAUAGAGCCGAUCUAGUCAUUGAGUCUGUUGGAGAAAAGACACCUAUAACUUUUAAACGUGGAGAAGUUGUAAAACUGCCUUUGAGGCGGAAACGGGGUCGCGUCUUUAUCGAACCAGGACUAGCAGCGACAAUUAUUCCUAAUGAAAUUAAGCCUGGAUUGAGCUUGGCAUCAGUGACGGGUGAACUAGAAGUCAAAGACAAUGUUUAUACAAUUAAGAGUUUGGAAGAAAAACAUGUUGCAAAACGAAAACAGCAAAUCAAUUCGCCAGUGCCGAUUAAAGAAGAAGUAUUGAAGGAACGAAAACACGAGUAUGGGAAUUUGGAUCCACAAGAAUUACUUAGGAAACUUAAUCAAGAAGGUAUUCAAGGUGCCAAAUUGCAGCACAGUCCAACUUCUACCAGUAUUCACUUGCAAGAUGAGGACACCUUGAUUCAAAUUGGGGACAAUUCCACUCACAUAUUUUGUAAUGGUGAUCAGAAAUUAAGGCGACGUCUGCGAACAAUAAUAAUGCAGAGCUUAAAACGGAUCUAAUUCAUUGAUUGAUAGGACAAAAUUGGAACAUUCGUAAAAUAAUCUGUUAUUUUGUAAGAUAUGCUGGAGUUUUGUACAAAUUUUAUAUUGACCGGACGAUCAUUGUAAUUUCAAAAUAAAGGAUAAAAAAGUUAAUUAU